UGCUCCUGAUUGACCGGCCCGCUGGAGGCGCGACCAGCCGAACCCACCCGGUGUGAGCCUGCGUAUAUAAAGCCGAGUGUCUGUCACCAGAUCAUCCUCAUCCUCCUCAUCCUCCUCCUCAUCAUCACCAUCAUCCUCCUCCGUCCGACCUGAACCCGGCCUUCAUCUGUGCUUCCCGUCUCCAGCCGCCAUGUCUCACGCGUGGGGAUACGGACCGACUAACGGACCUGACAAAUGGGGAGAAGACUGCCCGAUAGCCAACGGGCCCAGACAGUCUCCCAUCAACAUCGUACCUAAGGAGGCCACAUUUGACCCGACCUUGAAGCCCCUGAAGGUCAGGUACGACGCCUCCAACGCGAAGGGCAUCCUGAACAACGGUCACUCCUUCCAGGUGGACUACGAGGACGACACCGACAGCUCCACCCUGACUGGCGGUCCUGUUUCUGGAACGUUCCGCUUGAAGCAGUUUCAUUUCCACUGGGGAGCGAGUGACGACAGAGGCUCCGAGCACACCGUCAGCGGCGUCACGUUCCCCUGUGAGCUGCACCUGGUGCACUGGAACACCAGGUACCCCAGCUUCGGAGAGGCGGCCAGCAAGCCCGACGGACUGGCGGUGGUCGGGGUCUUUCUCAAGAUCGGUGCUGCCAACCCCAGGCUUCAGAAAGUUCUGGAUGCCUUGGAUGCUAUAAAGACCAAGGGGAAGCAGACCACCUUUUCUAACUUUGACUCAAAGACUCUUCUCCCCGGUUCUCUGGAUUAUUGGACGUAUGACGGCUCUCUGACCACGCCUCCGCUGUAUGAGAGUGUCACCUGGAUCGUCCUCAAGGAGCCAAUCAGUGUCAGCCCUGCACAGAUGGCCAAGUUCCGCGGCCUCCUCUUCACGGGCGACGGAGAAGCUGCGUGCUGCAUGGUGGACAACUACCGGCCCUGCCAGGCGCUGAAGGGGCGCCAGGUCCGCGCCUCCUUCAGGUGAACGGCCUGCUUCAUCUACCUGGCGGCCUUGCCCCCUUUUGCCUCUCCGAACCUCCUCACUCCCACGUUCCCAUCCUCUCUCUUCAGCUUCUAUUAGUUAGCUUCUAUUAGUUAGCUUCUAUGAGUUAGCUUCUAUUAGUUAGCUUUUAUUAGUUAGCUUUUAUUAGUUAGCUUCUAUUAGUUAGCUUCUAUUAGAUAGCUUUUAUUAGUUAGCUUCUAUGAGUUAGCUUCGAUGAAUUAGCUUAUAUUAGUUAGCUUCUAUUAGUUAGAUUUUAUUAGUUAGCUUCUAUUAGUUAGCUUCUAUUAGUUAGCUUCUAUUAGUUAGCUUCUAUUAGUUAGAUUUGAUUAGUUAGCUUCUAUUAGUUAGCAUUUAUUCGUUAGCUUGUAUUAGUUAGCUUCUAUUCAUUAGCUUUUAUUAGUUAGCUUAUUUUAAUUAGCUUCUAUUAGUUAGCUUCUAUUAGUUAGAUUUUAUUCGUUAGCUUCUAUUAGUUAGCUUUUAUUAGUUAGCUUCUAGUAGUUCGAUUUUAUUAGUUAGCUUCUAUUAGUUAGCAUUUAUUCAUUAGCUUGUAUUAGUUAGCUUCUAUUCGUUAGCUUUUAUUAGUUAGCUUCUUUUAAUUAGCUUCUAUUAGUUAGCUUCUAUUAGUUAGAUUUUAUUCGUUAGCUUCUAUUAGUUAGCUUUUAUUAGUUAGCUUCUAGUAGUUAGCUUCUAUUAGUUAGCUUAUAUUAGUUAGCUUCUGGUAGUUAGCUUCUAUUAGUUAGCUUAUAUUAGUUAGCUUUUAUUAGUUAGCUUCUAGUAGUUAGCUUCUAGUAGUUAGCUUCUAGUAGAGUGUUUGACAUCAACUUAAAAAGUAGAAUGCAAUACUUUCUGCAUACAUUUUCUCUGCCAUAGACUAACUGAUUGUAUCCUGGAUAAAUGUACUUUGAGGUAGGAAAUAGGUCACAUCUUAUAUUAUAGUGUCCAGAUCAAAUCCAGAUGAUAUAUAUCUUAGCCGACGUUAGCUCACGCAACAACAUGAAUUCACCGUACUUAUGAACUACAAGCGAGACAGAAGUGGUAUCAUCUUCAGCCCGACACGAGGCUGAUGUGAAUCAUAUUGACGGAGAAGAUUUUUGGUUUCGAAAAAUACAAAUUCAAUGUAUUCUGUGGUUUGCUAACACUUCUCCAGAGGGAGCUAACGCUGCUCUGAACCCUCUCUAUAACUCAUGACCCAACACAGAAACACUCGACCACAUAUGGAUCAUAUGAUGUUUAUUAAUAGUUUCACACCAACAAGUUAUGCCAACAGAUGACUCUUGACAUACUAAUAACAAUGUAAGUCAGUCAUAACAUUGUAUAUUAUGCACUAUUCUGAAAGUAGAAGUUAUGGUUGUCUUGUUAAAGGAACAUAAUAAAUACAAGAAUCUAAAUGAACAGUCAAAUAAAUGUUGUUUGCAUUAAAGCACUUAAACUAAAACAGUCUAUAUUAUGAGAUGAUUUAGUGCAGUUCUAGGCAAAAGGCCGACGAGCCUAUUGAACUUGGAUGUAAGCUUAAAUUAGAUGCAUUUACCUCUAAUGUUGAGAGUCAGUCCUACAAUGUGAUGAGGUCAUGAACACUAAUGCAUGGUUUUUUUGUGUGUGUCUUUGCUGGGCUCACAAUUUUGAAAAGAUAAUUUUUGUUGUUGUUGUCGUUGCUACAUCUUGCCCGAACUUCACUGAGACGUCUGCAUUCCUGCGGUCAUGGUCAGUCCAUUUCUUUAAUAUAUAUAUUGAAAGAAAUAAAAACUAUGACAACUGAGCUACCUGUCACCACAGUGCCUUGAGGACAGAAGCUGUACGCUGGAAAGAACUGAUAGCAUCAAGAUGACUUUAUAUUAACUCACACUGCAGUAUCGACACCCAUCAGACGUUGUCAUUACUUUUGUUCAUCAGAAAUGUCUUUAGUCAUCACUCCAUCUCACUGAAGAUAGAUCUAUAUCAGAUAUUCACUAGAGACCAGCGACAUGUUUGAGCUUUCAUAUCAAUGUAAUGAAGCGCUCUCAGAGUGGGGUGAUGGUGAUAUAGCCUAACCUUUUAAAGUGUGUCCCUUUGCUAAAUGCUUUUUUCAUGAAUCUAUAAUGUCAUAAUAAAGAAGACUUAUAUCAAUAAAAAUUCACAACUUUCA